AUGCAUACAAAAAAAGAGAGUGAGUGUUUUUUCCCACAAUUUUUAUUUAUCAUGCGCAUGUUUUUCCAGAUAGUAGUGCGGGUGAAAUAAUCCUUUAUGGAAUUGGUUUUCUUCUUAUAAUUGUGCUUGUUGGAUCUCUUGUCUAUUAUGCAAUUACAAAUCGAAAGAAAAAUAAUAAAAAAGCGGCUGAGAAGGAAGAAAAAAAGACAAAACAGUGUCCGAUUAAAUAUGAAAAUACAGAAAAAUCUGUGCAAAAACCUGUCUCAAAUACAGAAUCGGCUGAGAACUCGGAAAGAUCUGAAAAAUCUGAAACACCUCUUGCAUCUUCAGAAGCACCAAAAAAACCAUCAGAGACAGUGAAAAAUGAUGCAUCAUCUUUGGAAUUGGUUGUACCACCGGAACAAGCUAGAAAACCAUUAUCAAAAGAGGAAAGCAAAGAGAAGUUUGAUAAUUCAAAAGAAGUUAUCGAACAAAAGAAGGAACAUACAAUUGUUGAUAUGGAACCAAAGUCUCAUACUGGAUCAAAAUCGAAAUCCACCUCAAAAGAAGAUCAAACUUCUCUAACUCCAAAUCAAAUUCAAAAUGCUCCUGUUAUUGUUCUAAAUAUUCCAAAGCCAGGAGAAGCACAUCAUAGUGCUGAAAUAUCAUCACAAAGAAGUGAAAUGUCAACAUUCCACCUGAAUCGAGCUGGUUUUACACCUCCAACAAGUCCACUCCCAUCUUCUGAAUUUUCUUCAACUCCAACUCCAAAAACUGGUGAAACUUUGAGAACUGUAGCUCAUCAACUAUCUUCUGAAACAACUGUCGAUGUUGGAACACCAACGAAGCCAAAAUAA